UAUGAUACGAGUGUCAAUCCCUUCUUAUCAUAAAGUUGUUGAAGACAACAAUGAUUCCUACACGGUUUACACCACUGAAGUAUGUAUCAUUGCCACUGGAAAAAUCAUCAGUGUUCAAAAGAGGUACUCAGAAUUUGAGUUGCUACAUAAACAGCUUAAGAAACAGAUGAAAACACCAGAAUUUCCCCCAAAGAAAAUGAUGAAAUUUAGCUAUAAAGUUCUAGAGCAAAGAAGACUGGCAUUACAGACAUACUUACAAGGAGUGGUGUUAACAGACAAGAUCCCCAAAGUUCUUCUUCAUUUUCUAAAUGUGGAGCAGUACAUAUAUGGAAGCCAAGAUUCACUAGACCAGAUUGACUCCAAUAACAGGACAACACAUCAGCCCCUGAUUGCCUUUGCCCCUGAGGCUUAUCUACAGGACAACAAUAGAAAUGGGUCCUGGGAUAUUGUGAGUGCUGGGGUUCUGGCAGCCUUGUACAACAAUGUGGAAGAUCUUGUGGCACGGUGAUAAAAGCUGUAAUAAAAGCAUACUAGUCAGCCUUACAAAUCACCAGUGCAGCAGUAUAAUGAUUUUACACUCCAACAAAAUGGAUUUUCACCAUUUGAAGUGGUUUAUUUACUCUUUUAAGAGUAAUAAUUGGCAUUCCAACUUUUUUAUUUUAAUAUAAUAGCUAAUGAAAGUACUAGUAUUUUUCCCUGUACUUUUACUAUGAGCUUGAGUUUUAUGCUUUAUUUUUCUUUUUAUCACAUACAUUGUUAUAGUCAGUGAGGAUAUGUC